CCUGUCCCUCCAUGCCUUGACCCCAGUCCCUCUGCAGCUCUCCUGGAGCCCCUUUCAGGUCCUGGGAGUGGCUUUGUCGCCUGUCGCGACAUGCCCCGAGGCGACAAGGCCACAAUAGCGCCGUUGCCAUGGCAACUCUCCGGGGAACUACACCCCCCGCCAGCCCUUGCGGCGCAGCGCCAGCUGUGAUUGGCUGGGAGGACGGAGCCAAUGGGAAGCGGCGUUGUUGGUGAACGGGACAACAUGGCGGCGCUGCGCCCGGUGAGCCGCAGCUUCUCUCUGCUGCGUGGUUUUCCCUUCCCGCCGCUGCCGAACGCUCUGGAGCCGCUUACCGGGAGCUCCAGCGCCGCCGUUCUCCGCCGCCUCCCGGUGCUGCCAUGGGGUUUCCAACAAAGCCGGGGGAAAUCCCGGGGGAACGAGUACCAGCCCAACAACUGGAAGAGAAAGAAGACUCACGGCUGGAUCAAACGGAUCAGAACUGCGGGCGGGAUCGCCGUGAUCCUGCGGCGGAUGCUGAAGGGGAGGAAAUCCCUGAGCCACUGAGGCAGCGCCGGGAAUUCUCCUCCGGGAAUCCUCCAGGAAUUCGGGAUGGUCCCGCCGGGCCCUGCAGGGGGAGCCCAGCCCUGCUCUCAGUGUCAUCUGCGUCUCUCUGAGACAGUUGUUCAAUUAUCCUGGCGUGUUUAUUCCAAGUUUUUACGUUUUGUUGGUUUAUAAACCGUGGAGAUGCGGAGCGGGUUGAAA